GGGCUGUAUAGAAACUUUCGAAGUAUGGUAAUUACCAUUUAGUUAGGUAUCCUGUCUGGUCUAUACCAUCCACAGAGUACAAUAUAGAUCCUAUAAUCCUUCCUUACUUUAUCUAGUCCUGCCCUAGGACUUCUCCCACCAUAAAGAAUCAUCCACAUAGCACAUACAAUGCAAGCUCCAACUUUCUCUUCCCACACCACCUCAAGUUCAUCUUUUCGCCAAGCAAAUAGUAACAACAAUCCCCAACAUCAUUCGUCCCUCCUUGAAGCUCGAGUGUCAGCGAAAAAAGCCGAACUUGACAAUUUGAAAGAGCUACGAGACCUGAGUGAUGCUCUCGCAACACAGAUGCAGGUACUCGAAAACAAGCUAGUCACAUUGAAUGAUGGUACCAAAGCGGUUGCAUAUGUCCUAGCCAACUGGGAAAACGUUCUGCAGACCAUCCAUAUGGCUUCCUCGAUACUUGCAAAGAAAAGUUCACCAGCUGAAGGUGGCCCAGUUUCAAAACAGACAGAAUCUCCUCAACCCCUCACUUCUUUGCCUGCCACCCUUGUUCGAGUUCCCAUAGAACAUGUUGAAAACAUAUCUAAUUGAUAUUUAAACAAAACCCUUAAACACUUGCCUAAUUAUCAUAAUAGAAACACUGUUUAUGGCGUCUAGUAAGUAUGAGGUGAGAAUGGUAUGUCACAUUUUAUAUAAUUCAGAGUUCUUUAAGUAUAGUAUCUACCUAAU